GCAUCUACAACUCGUGGUGGCAAUAAUGAGACCGGCACCUUAUUUCAUCAAGACAACCUGAUCAUAACAACGGAACUGUUUCAUUUCUAUCGUUAAAGGAAAAAUACCACAAUGGUUGCGCUGAUAUUUGCGCCUUUAUGGACACGAAGGGUCGCGGCUGUUUUCACAUUUAUUUCACUAUGGGGAUUUGCGCUCUCCAUCACUCGGUACUCUAUUCCGGAGGAGAUGGAGGAGGGCUCCUUUGUCGCCAAUCUGGCCACAGAUUUGGGUAUGGACGUGCACAGUCUAGUGCAGCGCAGCGCAAAGCUCGAUGUCAUCCACAGCAAAAAAUACCUCGACAUCAACAAAGAGACGGGGGAGCUGGUCAUCCGCGAGAGGAUGGACAGGGAGAGCAUAUGCACGACUAAAACCGCCUCGUGCUUUCUGAAAAUGGAUGUCAUCCUCGAGAACCCCAUUCGCAUCUUCAAUAUCGAGCUCGAAAUCCUGGACAUCAAUGACAACGCGCCCGUGUUUCGCAGGAAGACGAUGCUCUUGGACAUCUCGGAGGCAACCCCUCCCGGUGAGAGGUUCUCCUUGACGAACGCCGUGGACGCGGACGUGGGAGCCAAUUCAAUCAAGACCUACUAUCUCAGUGAGAGCAAAUACUUCAUCAUUGACAUACAAACUGGCAGCGAUGGCUCUAAAUAUGUGGAUUUGGUCCUUAAUGGUAAAUUGGACAGAGAGGAGCAGACAGUUCAUAAUUUGAUUUUAACUGCUGUGGACGGAGGAGUACCUCCCCGUUCUGGCACAGCCAACAUCAUUAUUAAUGUCCUGGAUAUCAAUGACAACGCCCCCCUCUUCAGUCAGCCGGUGAUUGCAGUCAAUAUUCCAGAGAACUCAGCUGCAGGGACAGUGGUCCUGACCUUAAACGCAUCAGACUUGGAUGAAGGCUCAAACGCGCAGUUAACGUACUCUUACACGCUGUACACCUCGGAGAAGACGCAGGAGAUCUUCUCGCUCGAUCCAAACUCAGGUGAGAUCAGAGUGAAGGGGGUGCUUGAUUUUGAGGAGAGUCCAAGUUUUGAGAUGUACAUCCAGGCUCAGGACGGAGGAGCGAACCCACGGUCAGGGCAUUGUAAAGUGACUGUGUCUGUCACAGAUCUCAAUGACAACUACCCUGAGGUGACCAUUAAGUCUCUGAGAAGUGCCCUGAGUGAAGAUGUCUCUGUGGGGACGCUGGUGGCAGUGGUCACUGUCGGAGACAGGGACUCGGGAGACAAUGGCGAAGUGGAGAUGACCUUGAAUCAGCAGGAAACCUUACCAUUCGUGCUGAACAAAUCCUCAGAGGGUUACUUUGAGCUGCUUGUGUCAAAGCCACUGGACAGAGAGAUGAGGGGCAGAUAUGACAUCAUACUCAGAGUUACAGACAAAGGCUUGCCGCCCUUAUCUGAAAACGAGACCAUCAUUUUAGACAUUUUGGACAUCAACGACAAUGCACCUGCAUUCCCUCAAUCUUUCUAUACAAUCCAUGUUGUGGAGAACAACGUGCCAGGAGCAUUACUGACAUCCCUGAGUGCACAUGACCCAGAUCUAAACGAGAACCAGUACUUGGUGUAUUUCAUAAUGGAGAAGGAGAUCGUUAACACGUCCAUGUCAAUGCUGUUCUCCAUCAACCCCGAGAACGGCGACCUUUACGCUCUGAAAACCUUUGACUACGAGCGAGAGAGGGAGUUCCUCUUCCACAUUGAGGCGAGAGACUCUGGGAUUCCCCCACUGAGCAGCAACGUGACGGUUCACAUCAUCAUCCUGGACCAAAACGACAACACCCCUCUCAUAGUGUCACCAUGGCGAGCGCAGGGCUCCAUGGUAGAGGAGGUGAUACCCAGGUCCACAGAAAAAGGCCACUUGAUCGCCAAAGUGAUCGCUAUCGACGCAGAUUCUGAGCAGAACGCCAGAGUCACUUAUCAGCUCCUGCAAAAUAGCGACGUAUCGCUCUUCAGUCUCGAUCAGUACAACGGCGAAAUCCGGACAACAAGGAUGUUCAGCUACAGAGACCCAAGACAGCAGCGGCUAGUCAUUGUUGCCAAAGACAACGGUGAACCCGCUCUCUCUGCCACUGUCACCAUCAAGAUAUCGACCGUGGAACACGUCAUGUCCUUUUCAGAGACGACAGAGUUGCCACUAGAUUAUGACCUAUUCACUGACCUAAACUUGUACUUGGUGAUUGGUUUAGGAGCGGUGUCAUUUCUGCUUCUGAUCACCAUCCUGGUUAUUAUUGUGCUGAAGUGUCAGAAACCAAAGCCAAAGGCCAUCAAGAUGCCCCCAGGGAAUAGAAACAGUGUGGUCAGCAGAAACAGCAUGAUCAGCCAGAGAAGCUCGACCAUCGCAGAUUCCACGCUGAUAUCCAGCGAUGCCUACUGGUACAGUCUGUUCCUCGCAGAGACCAGGAAAGGUAAAGUGGUGGUGAGACAACCCAUCAUUCCAAAAGGAGCUGGGUAUUUUGUGUCCAGUAUACCCAGGAGCAUAGGGCCAAGUGAGACCACAAACUCCAGAGCUUCCACACUGGAGUACUCAAAAUGAAAGGAAGCCCCUUCUACAACUGAAGCAGGAGCCCAGAAGAGAACUGCCAUGAUGUAAUCAUCCCUUCGUGGGAGUCUCUGUGUGAAACUUUUCCCCCAUGGCUCACAAAAAAAAAGAUACUGUUCAAGAACUGUCCAUCCUUCCAGCUGCUCUGCUCCAAGCCAACUUUCUCUCCAGUUCCUUCCAAUCCCCUAUAUGAACAUUGACCGCCACACGCCUCAGAUUUGGACCUGUCCUCUCUUUUUAAAGCAUGAAUCUGCAUGAUUCUACAGAACAAGUUCAAGGUAUUUUAAAAGUAUUUGGAUAUAGAAAUGGACUGGUUUAUGGAAGAACAUCUGGAUAUUAAUAUAGAGUGGUCUCAUGUUAUAAUAAUCCCCUCAUUCGUACAGUGAUGGUUCAGGUUUUUCUGAAGACGAUUUUUAUAUGAGAAACAGAGACGUGGUCAGUGCGGACUGGACCGAGAACGAACUUGAGACUGACAACUAGGAAAGGAAAAGGAAAGGAAAGCAUCUGUAUUGUCAUUAUAUAACCAGUAUUGCACAACGAAGGCACCAGCAGGGACACAAGAAAAAAGCGAUUUUAGCCACUUUAUAAUAGGCUCACCUUAUAAAGUCUACACCUGCUGAAGUCUAAGAUUGUGUGUGUGUCUCUUCAUCUUGCCAAUAUCCUUUUUCCAACUGGAAACUGAAGUCUGUGUCGCUUUGUGAAGCGCUCACUCUCCCACACCAAAGUCCAUGGGAGAAAACAAGCAAUUUUACAUUUGCAGCAGUGGAGCAACACAGGAGUUGUUCUUCCACUGUUGCCUCCAUCGCCAAGUUCAAAUGCAAUAUUUUGCGACUUCAGCGCUUAAAAACCUUUGUUUGGAUUUUCAUUAGUGACACUAACUUAAAACCAAAUGAGGCUGCAGUAGACCAGCAGCUCCUGUUUUACCUCAAGCUAAAAAGGAUGAUUUUCUCUAUGGAUAUUGGUGCAUGUGAAAAGUUGCUUGCCUCUGGAGAAAUAAAGCAAACAUACAUAUAUAUAUAUUUUUUUUUUAUUUUUUAUUUUGUUGACUUAAGCCUCUUAUUAAGUGGUAAAAACCUGUUUUCCCUUGUGUCCUUGCUGACAGUGACGUUUUCGGAGAGAGUGCGUGUCCAUGUUUCAAGCUGGUUCGCGGUGCAGGCAGAGCACACACUGCAGAUACUGCAAAUACUGCACACCAUGUGUCAUUAUCUCAUACAACCAUGCCUCCAAAAACCUGAAAUAUCCCUAUAAGCUCCUCAGUGGACACACUUGCCUUCUCUCCAGGAUUACAUCGCGCGCUGCAGUUCUAGAAAGACCAUCAGUAGGUUCAACGCUGUGCAACAAAUGUUGAACAACAAAACAGGAAUCAGGGUCAAUAUGAUUCUUCCAUAAACCUCACUGGUCUGUAGCUGGGUAUGUCAUCGAUUCAAGCUUUGCACUUGAUGUUUUUCUCGCUUUGGGUUUUUUUUAAUAGGACAUUUCUACUUUAUUAUGAGUCCUGCAGUUUAUCAAGGCUCUCGUUGUCUUUCCGAUGAAAAUAAUUAUUGAUAAAACUAGAUUUGUUUUUUUUACUGUUUGUUGUUCUUAUAGUGAUGAAUGUAUGAACAUGACAAAAAAGAGAAUGAAAGGAAUGUGUAAAUUAGGGUAUGAGAUGCACGGUUUCUCUUUUAUUUGAUUGUAGACGUACUUAAGAUUUUUGAAAAUCAACACCAGGUGUGCAGAUAUUUGUGGUGCUCUAAAGUAUCUGACUCUAGACAGUAAAACACAGCAGUACUGUGGCAUUGUCUUUCCAAACAGGGACGAGAGAAAAUGUUUCAGAAAUGGGGCUACAACGAUGAAUUGGUUAUUAAUUGCUAACUUUUUUUUUUUGGCGUGUUAAUAAAAUAAAAGCCAGCAGACUAAAUUCAGCUUCUUAAAUGUGGCUUUCUUUCUGGUUUCAGGAAAGAAAAAAUGGUUGUGGACCAAAAAAAAUGAGGAUGUUGUUAAACAAAAAUCAAUAUUUUAUACCAUUUUCUGCAUUUUAUGGACCAAGCAACCAAUCGUUUAUAUGAGGAAACCACCGACUGAAUAAUAAGUUGUGAAAAUGUUCUUUAGCCCUAAUCGGAAACAUAAACUGCUGAUGUAUGAGAAAGGUGUGUGCUCAGGUGAAACUUUUACACCUCAAAAACAGUCAAAAACUGGGUCAGCAUACCAAUUGCCCUCUCUUUAUGACAGUAUUAUCUUCUCUGCUCAAUUUUAACCAAUUUCUCCCAGGUUAUGAAAACUGGUAUAUAAAUUAUGAACGACAUUUAUUCACUGCACACUGGAAAUUUUAUUUUAAAUCAGAAAAAAAAAACAUAUAUCGAAAAGAGCAAGAAUAUUAUAAGGUUUUUUUUAUCCUUGCCAUGGUAGAAUGGAAUAUACAGUGAAAGGGUUUUACGAGUAUUAAUGUUUUUAUAGAAAUUUGAUUUGACAAACUCUCAGUGUUGCUUUUGUGAGCUUCUUCCAGGUUGUAUUUUGUGUUGCAUAUUUGUAUUUCAAGUGCAUAUGAUGUUGUUUUGAUAGUGUAUAUAAGGUCAAGGGAAAACAAAGUACUUUUUUCCUUUUACCUCAAAGGUAGUGCAGUUGCACUACUGUUAAAGGCCCAAAAAAAAAAAAAGGAUAGCUGAGUAGGGGCUGAUAAAUCAUUAAAUCUAAUAAGGAGAACGUUGUGGUAUUCUGUAUAGUAUAGCAGUAUUCCAGUACUGACUACUGAAAAUGAAAUACAUGUUAAAUAGAUGACAGCACUUUGAAAUAUGCAUUGAAACUAAGCGGCGGUGCAGCUUUCGGAGGUAUCCGGUUACAUAAUGCGAGUCGGGCAAAUCCAACCUCUAUUAUUCGAUUAUUCUCCUCUCACUGUUACAGCAGACAUAAACACAGCUGUCGCUCAGUCUGUUAGAUGUCAUUUGACAGGGGGAUCUCUUGCCGGGGAGUCCAUGGUGUACGUGCAACCAUUGCCCCAACCAGCUGAUUCCACCAGAGUUUAAAAGUAUUCCUAAAUUGCACAUAUGAUGAGCUCCUUGCGUGCCUUCUGCAUUGUAAAAGACUGCUGAUGAAUAAACUGAUGGUGUUUCGUAGAGUAUUACAAGUACAGUUAUCCCCGUGGACAAAAUAAAAUAAAAAUACCACCUUGAAUCGUUGGAUAUGGACUUGAUUCAGAAAAAGUAAACGACUGUAAAUUGAACCACUUUAUACUUUGUGUUUUUUUGAUACCGUAGACUUUUUUGAUAUCUUCUGUGUUCACUGUGAUCAAAUGGCACAGGAGGUGCUUGUGCUAGCCAUGUUAACACGUCUGUCAUUUCUCAAUUGUGUAAACAACUUUACAUUGUUUUGUUUUUUUUGGUUUAGUUUCUCCCUCUGUUGAUUUGAGACUCACAUCAAAUGUAAUCCAACUCAUCUCACUUAGGAGAAUCAAAGACAAUAUUUUGGAGAGAAUGGCCUCGCUUUAUUUUCCAAGUUAAUUGUCAAAUUUUGAUGUUGCUUAUUUGGCGUUCAUUGUUCUGCCUGAUCAUGCUAGUUUGAAUAAAGCUUUUUAAUCAGUC